CUUGGCGCGCGCCGAGGGGCGUUUUCCGUUCCUGAGCGUUUGGAGUCUGUCCUGGAGAAGAGGGAGGAAAAGUAAGGAGCAGGAAUGUGCUGAGACUUGCUCACACACGAGUCCUACACAAGCAGGGGAGGAGGACACGGACGCGCCCUUGGAAGAAUUUAAAAAUUUAGGGUUAGCCUAAAAAUAGCGCCGGCGAGCUCCAGGUUUAAGGAGGCAGGGCACUUUCGCAUUGACUUCUGGGAAAUGUGGUUCUGAUGCUGCCGGCGCGGUCUGUGUGCGACAGAAACUACAACCCCCAGAGGCCACUGCGACCUGCCUGUGGCAGCCUGUGAACCAACUGGUUAGCGGCUGCCCCAGGGCGUCGGUCUGAUAAUGGAUUCUGAAUUAAUGCAUAGUAUAGUGGGAAGCUAUCUUAGACCACCAGAAAGAGGGUUUAUUCCAUCAUUCACCCAGAAUGAGUCGCUUCAGAAUCACUACCCUGUGAACGAAGAAGUUACCUCUUCUAAAGUGCUUCAAAGCCCAAAUAGCCAAGCUCUUAUUUUAGCCUUAAGAACUCUUCAGGAAAAGAUCCAUCGUUUAGAGCUCGAGAGAACACAAGCUGAAGAUAACCUGAACAUUCUUUCCAGAGAAGCGGCACAGUAUAAAAAGGCCUUGCAGAAUGAAACAAAUGAAAGAAAUCUGGCACACCAGGAACUGAUAAAGCAGAAAAAAGAUAUAAGUAUACAGUUAAGCUCAGCACAGUCUCGUUGUACUCUUCUCGAAAAGCAACUGGAAUAUACAAAGAGAAUGGUUCUCAAUGUAGAGCGGGAAAAGAAUAUGAUCCUAGAACAACAGGCCCUACUUCAAAGGGAAAAAGAGCAAGAUCAGAUGAAGCUGCAUGCAAAACUUGAAAAGCUUGAUGUCUUAGAAAAAGAAUGUCUUAGACUGACAGCAACGCAGAAAACUGCCGAGGACAAGAUAAAACAGUUAGAAGAAAAACUUACGGAAGAAGAACAUCAUCGAAAGCUGUUUCAAGACAAAGCUUCUGAGCUUCAAACUGGACUUGAAAUCAGUAAAAUUUUAAUGUCUUCAGUUUCUAAUUCAAAAAUCUCCAAGGAAAAGAAGAAAUCAAAGACAAAUAAAUGUUUGAAGAGAGGGCCACCUCAGCCAGUUUAUUCAAAGUUUGAAGCACUGCCUUUUGAGACUGAAAGGUCUGCCAGUGCAGGCAGUUCUGUGAAUGCAAGUGCGCAAAACCUUCUGCAAACAGCGCGACGGUCUGGGCCACGGAUCCUACAGAAACCUUCUGAAGUCACUGAGCAUAGGUGUUUGUGCAGGCCUACUAGAAAAGCCUCAUGGUGUAGAGCUGUCCCUUCUGACUCAGAAAAGUCUGAUUCCUUUUGUGACAACUUGUCUGAACUUUUGAUGGCAAUGCAAGAUGAGCUGGACCAGAUGGGUGUGGAGCACCAAGAACUACUGAAACAAAUGAAGGACACUGCAAGCCAUUCAGUCUAUGGUGACAUAGAAUGUGAACUAGAACAUUUAGUCAAGAAAAUGGAAAUUAAAAGAGAACAAAUUUCCAAACUGAAGAAGCAUCAAGACAGUGUCCGUAAGCUGCAGCAAAAAGUUCAAAACCCAAAGAUGAGAACAGCUCCAGGCAUUCAGCGAGAAGAUAGCCAACCUAACGGAUCAAAGAACAGAAAAAAUAGCCCCAGAAAAUGUUUGAAUGAAACUAACUCUUUUCAGAAAAACAACAGCUUUCAUCCAAAGCCUUUGGAAACUAGCACAGCCCUUUUGAACCCUUGGUUUCUCUCUCAAAUCUCAGGCAACUGGAGAAGUGGAGCCCAUCAGCUGAAGGAGAAAUAGAGGACAGACAGCAGGAAAUUCUCAGAAAGUGUGUUAGGAGAAAGUGGGUAAUUAUGGACCUUCUGGGCAGGAAAACCAGAUUCAUGCUAACGGUGAGAAGAGCUGCCAUGGAAGAGACCUUUCCAUACCUGCGAGUGGGGAGGCGACUGGACAUGGGCAGACUGAGACUUGAAAUUGUCCUUGAAGGGCAUUAAUGGCAGAGAUCAGGUUUCUCCCCGGCUUAAACAGGAUGUGUGCCCUUGGCUCUCCAUCACUGCCAUGCUCACUAGCAGCUCAGACCUGAAGACGUCCCACAGGCAUUUUCCCCAAAUUCACUUGUAUAACCUUAUCUGUUUUCUCUGCUUUUCCCCUCCUCCUCAAGGAUAUGACUUCCACACUUUAAACUUUGCCAAAAACCCAUCUAGUCCAUAAUGCAGCCCUACAUGUCUGUACCUACAUUUCUGUACCAUGCACCUAGAAAAGUGGCAAAUAUAUUUGGAUUAUGAAUAAAGGCAUUACUUGUGAAAGUGAUUCCUAAAAUAAUUCAGUUAAGAAGUGAGAAUUUUCUCAUAAAUUUAAGUAUAGUACAUUAGAAAAAAACACAAGACUUCAAGUUAAGAGAUGAGUUCAGGGGCUGGUGUUGUAGCCUAGUGGUAGCCGCAUCGUAGCAGGUAAAGCAUCUGCCCGCACCACCAGCGUCCCUUAUGGCUCCCUGUUGGAGUUCUGUCUGCUCCAUUUCCAGUCCAGCUCCCUGAUAAUGCACCUGGGAAAGCAGCAUGAGAUGGCCCAUGUACUUGGGCUCCUGCAUGCAAUGGGAGAUUUGGAUGAAGCUCCUGGCUCCUGGCUUCAGCCUGGCGCAGCCCUGGCUGUUGCAGCCAUUUGGGGAGUGAACCAGCAGAUGGAAGUUCUCUGUCCCUCUGUGUGUCUCUCCCUCUUUCUAACUCUACCUUUCAAAUUUAAAAAAAAAAAAAAGAGAGAGAGAUGAGUUCUGACUCCAUCCUGUAGUAGCUUGGACAAGUCAAGUCAAAUAUUUUUCUGAAGCCUCAGUUUCUCAUGUGUAAAGUGGGGAUUCUAUUAAUACCUACCUCGCGGGGUUGUUGUGAGAAGUAAAUGAAGCAAUACAUGAAGGCACCCAGCCAGAAGGGUUAACUCUUAGUAAAACUCAGUAAAUGUGUUUUGAAUCUGAGUGGCAAAAAA